UCUCGUUAAAUGCUCCUCUCCUCCUUCAACUGUUGCUGCGGCGGUGUUCAUUUGUUGCUCGUAUUAAUGCCCUUCCCCUCCUCCGCCUUGCCAUCGCCCACUGAGCUCCGCCAGGCUAGGGAAUGUGGAACGGAGGCGAAUCGGUCUUCUCCAGGUCCAGUUCGUUCAGGGGAUGCAGCGAGGACGACGAGGAGGAGGCCCUUCGCUGGGCCGCCCUCGAGCGCCUCCCCACCUUCUCCCGCAUCCGCCGCGGGAUCCUCCACCGCAAUGAGGUCGAUAUCGCCGCGCUCGGCCCGUCGGACCGGACUGCUUUGAUUGACCGUUUGCUCAGCGAUUCCGGUGGAGCAGAUCACUUCUUUCUCCGGAUCCGCCAGCGGUUUGACGCUGUGAAUCUGGAAUUCCCCAAGAUUGAAGUUCGUUUUCAAGAGCUCAAGGUAGAAGCUUAUGUUCAUGUAGGAAGUCGAGCAUUACCCACCAUUCCCAAUUUUAUCUUUAACAUGACAGAGGCCUUCAUGAGGCAUCUGAGGAUCUUUCCUGGUGGAAGGAAGAAAUUGCGAAUACUGGAUAACAUUAGCGGGAUUAUCCAACCGUCUAGAAUGACACUGCUUUUGGGUCCGCCAAGUUCUGGAAAGACAACUUUGCUUUUGGCACUUGCUGGACGACUUGAGCAAAGUCUACAAAUGUCAGGGAAAAUCACUUACAAUGGGCACCAAUUUAAUGAGUUUGUUCCUCAAAGAACAUCUGCAUAUAUUAGUCAGCAAGAUUGGCAUGCCACAGAGCUGACAGUAAGAGAAACUUUAGAAUUUGCAGGGCAUUGUCAAGGCGUUGGAAUUAAGUAUGAUAUGCUUAUGGAGCUUUUGCGGAGGGAAAAGAAUGCCGGAAUUAAACCUGAUGUGGAUCUAGAUUUAUUUAUGAAGGCAAUAGCUCUGCAAGGAAAGAAGUCCAACCUGGUGGUGGAAUACAUACUAAAGAUUUUAGGGCUGGAUAUAUGUGCUGACACCUUUGUUGGGGAUGAAAUGAUUAAAGGCAUCUCAGGAGGGCAAAAGAAGCGUCUUACAACAGGUGAAUUACUUGCUGGGCCUGCUAGAGUUUUGUUCAUGGAUGAAAUUUCUACUGGUCUUGACAGCUCAACCACUUACCAGAUUAUUAAGUAUCUUAAGCACUCCACUCAGGCACUCGAUGGAACCACAAUUAUCUCCUUGUUGCAACCAGAUCCUGAGACUUAUGAAUUAUUUGAUGAUGUCAUUCUUAUAUCUGAAGGCCAGAUUGUCUAUCAAGGACCUCGUGAUGCCGCUGUUGAAUUUUUUUCUUCUAUGGGCUUUAAGUGUCCUGAACGGAAAAAUGUUGCUGAUUUUUUGCAAGAAGUAACUUCUAAGAAAGACCAGCAGCAAUACUGGUGUCAAUAUGAUUCUCUAUAUCAAUUUAUACCAGUAUCAAAGUUUGCAAACGCCUUUAAUUCCUUCUCUGUUGGAAAGAGGCUGAGCGAGGAAUUGGCCAUUCCGUAUAAUAGAGUCAAUAACCAUCCUGCAGCUUUGUCAGCCUCUAAAUAUGGAGAAAGAAGGUUCAACCUUCUCAAGGCCAACUUUGCUUGGCAGCUACUACUGAUGAAGAGGAAUUCAUUUGUCUAUGUUUUCAAGUUUAUUCAGCUUCUGCUUGUUGCCCUGAUUACUAUGACAGUAUUUUUCAGAACAACAAUGCAUCAUAACUCGGUUGAUGAUGGAAUUAUAUAUGCUGGAGCACUCUAUUUUGCUUUGAUAAUGAUUCUGUUCAAUGGGUUCACUGAAGUUUCCUUGUUGAUUGCUAAGCUUCCAGUGCUCUACAAGCAUAGGGACUUGCUUUUUUAUCCAGCAUGGGCAUAUACAAUUCCAUCUUGGAUCUUAAGCAUUCCUACUUCACUUGUAGAGUCUGGAAUGUGGGUUGCAGUUACAUAUUAUGUAGUUGGUUAUGAUCCACAAUUUACGAGGUUCCUGUCACAAUUUCUUUUGCUCUUUUUCCUUCACCAAAUGGCUUUAGCACUGUUCCGAGUGAUAGCUUCAUUGGGUCGUAAUAUGAUUGUUGCUAACACUUUUGGAUCUUUUGCUAUGUUGGUCAUCAUGAUUCUUGGAGGAUUUAUAAUAUCAAAAGAUAGCAUCCCACAUUGGUGGAUUUGGGGCUAUUGGAUUUCCCCAUUAAUGUAUGCACAAAAUGCUAUUUCAAUUAAUGAAUUCCUCGGACAUUCAUGGGACAAGAAAGUCACCAAGGAUAACAUUUCACUGGGAGAAGCUGCAUUGAAAGAAUAUGGCAUGUUUACAAAGAGUUACUGGUUCUGGAUUGGCAUUUGUGCAUUAUUUGGUUACACUAUCUUAUUCAACAUCCUUUUCACAAUAUUCUUAACUUACCUUAGCCCAAUAGGAAAGCAACAAGCUGUGGUAUCAAAAAGUGAAAUUCAAGAAAGGGAAGGACGGAAGAAAGGGGAGAAGCUUGUCAUUGAAUUAAGGUCUUACUUGAGCCCAAAUAUUUUAACAGAAAACGGUAAGCAGACACAAAAGGGUAUGGUUCUACCCUUCCAACCUCUUUCCAUGUGCUUCAGCAAUAUUAACUACUAUGUCGAUGUGCCGCCUGAUCUGAAGCAACAAGGUGUCUCUGAGGAUCGACUACAGCUAUUGGUCAAUGUGACUGGAGCAUUCCGGCCGGGUGUAUUGACGGCACUUGUUGGUGUCAGUGGUGCUGGUAAAACUACCCUAAUGGAUGUCUUAGCUGGUAGGAAAACAGGAGGACACAUUGAAGGUGACAUAACUAUUUCUGGCUAUCCCAAAAACCAAGCAACUUUUGCAAGGAUCUCCGGAUAUUGUGAGCAGAGUGAUGUCCAUUCUCCGUGUAUGACCAUUAUAGAAUCACUACUAUUUUCAGCAUGGCUUCGCUUGCCUUCUCAUGUUGAUCUUGGGACUCGAAAGGCUUUUGUGGAGGAGGUAAUGGAACUAGUUGAACUUGCUUCUUUAAGUGGAGCUCUUGUUGGCUUACCAGCAAUCAACGGUUUGUCUACGGAACAGCGUAAAAGGUUAACGAUAGCUGUGGAGCUUGUUGCAAAUCCUUCGAUUGUCUUCAUGGAUGAACCAACAUCGGGAUUGGAUGCUAGGGCUGCCGCAAUUGUCAUGAGAACUGUGAGAAAUAUAGUUGACACCGGAAGGACUAUAGUGUGCACGAUUCAUCAGCCAAGUAUAGACAUCUUUGAGUCAUUCGAUGAGCUUUUAUUCAUGAAGCGUGGUGGAGAACUUAUUUAUGCUGGUUGUUUAGGCCCAAAAUCCCGAGAGCUAAUUGAUUUUUUUGAGGCAAUUCCUGGAGUUCCUAAGAUCAAGGAUGGUUACAAUCCUGCUGCAUGGAUGCUUGAAGUAACUAGCCCUUUGAUGGAAAAUCGCCUUGGAAUUGAUUUUGCUGAUUAUUAUCGAAAGUCUAAAUUAUUUAAACACAAUGAGGAAUUGGUAGCGAACUUGAGUAGACCGAACAGUGAAUCUAAAGAGCUUAGCUUUCCAACCAAGUAUUCACAGCCAUUUAUUGCACAAUAUCGUGCUUGCCUUUGGAAGCAGAAUCUCUCUUAUUGGAGGAACCCUCAAUAUACAGCCGUCCGUUUUUUCUAUACUGUCAUCAUUUCUUUGAUGUUUGGAACCAUCUGUUGGGGAUUUGGUUCAAAAAGGGAAAACCAACAGGAUAUCUUGAAUGCAAUGGGAUCUAUGUAUGCUGCAGUCCUGUUUGUUGGAAUCACAAAUGCUACUGCAGUUCAACCAGUAGUUUCCAUCGAACGGUUUGUCUCCUACAGAGAGAGAGCUGCUGGAAUGUAUUCUGCUCUGCCAUUCUCAUUUGCCCAGGUUACUAUUGAAUUUCCUUAUGUGCUUGUACAGACACUUAUCUACGGCACUAUAUUCUACUGCAUGGGCUCUUAUGAGUGGACCCUAAUUAAGUUUGUGCUGUAUAUAUUUUUCAUGUAUUUCACUUUGUUGUACUUCACUUUCUUCGGCAUGAUGACAAUUGCAAUAACCCCAAGCCAAACUGUCGCACCAAUAAUUGCUGCACCAUUCUAUACGCUGUGGAAUCUGUUCAGUGGAUUCAUGAUUGCACGAAAGAGGAUACCUGGCUGGUGGAGAUGGUAUUAUUACGCCAAUCCAGUGUCGUGGAGUUUGUAUGGCUUGCUCACUUCCCAAUUUGGAGAUAUAGAUGCUCCCAUGAUUCUUUCAGAUGGUGUUCGCUCGAUCCCCAUAAGGCUAUUUCUCAAGUACCACUUCGGUUUCAAGCAUGAGUUCCUGGGUGUAGUUGCAUUCAUGGUAGUUGGUUUCUGUGUGAUUUUUGCAGUGGUAUUUGCUUUAGCAAUCAAGUAUCUCAACUUCCAGAGACGAUAAGAAGGUGGUAGCUGUGGUCUGAUCUUAUGGUCCUUUGAAUUUAUGGAUUCUUCCUCAAAUAAGGUUGAUGUUUAAGAAAGAGGAAACUGUAUAGCACCAAUUUUUAUGUGAAUCGUCGGUUCUUAUAUCGAAGGGGCUGUGUUACAUCUGGCACUGAACUGAGUGGUGGCAAGUUACAAAACCAAGUGUAUCAUUUAGUGUAAGAUGAAACAUGGCUCUUUCUUUCCUUUAUUAUCCAGUCAAGUUGUAUUUAUGUGGGUAAUUUACCAACA